UUCAGGCUCUGUAAUACUAUAAAGUGCGGUAUCAUACCAAAAACUACCAAAAAUCGAGUGCAUCUGAACUAUGACACCUAUCGCAAAGAAGCUGAAUGUAAUAUCACUUGCCCUCAAAAGUUACAUAGCUGGUUUAUUCCCGGUAUCAAAUGGAUACUGUUAAAAUGUCUGCAUAACAUAUAUAAAUAAUCCACGACACGUACGAAAAGAAUCCGUCUGUACUAGGGAUGUAGUGACAUUCUAAAUAUACAGGGCGCUAUAUGAACAAACACACGAUGUCCCGAGAUCACAUGACCAGGCCGGCAAUGUAUGUUGACAACGCAAAAUCUGUUCUGUGCAUAUGGCAGAGCAGUUCACACUUGUAGUUCUCAUAGUGUGAGGAAGCAGUCUUUUUCGCAUCUGAAACAACCAAAAAUCACAGUACAAUGGUGCUUCCAAAGAAGAGGCUACUUCCAUGCAUAAGCUAAAAAGAAGAUUCAGAUACAGAAAUGGCUAGUUCUGAAGAUGAUUUUUCGUCCAGUGGCAGCAGCUAUCGUCCCUCUGAUGAAUUUUCAUUUGAAAAUGACAUGGGUGCUGAUGAAUGUGACAGGUCUCCUGAAGUAUCACCUGCUAAAGAACCUAAAGGCAGAAAAAAUAAGAGAAAUAUGAACAAUUGGAAAAGGGAAAAAUGUAAAUGUUGUAGAAAUUAUGGCAGACAGUACAUAUCUGAUAAAACAGGACAAAUUGUUCGUGCUAAAAUUCUUGGUCCUGGAUGUAAAUGUAAAAACAAGUGUUGGAGCAAAAUUCAUGAAUGUGUAGAGCAGAUAUUCAAUUCUUUUUGGGAUAUGGGUGAUUUCAGUUGCCAAAAUAAUUACAUUCUGAGCAAUAUUAAGAUGCAACAAGUGCAAAGGAGGUUAAGGUUAAUGGCUGUAAUAUUUUGGUAUGCAGAGAAGCAUUUUUCAGUGUGCAUGGGCUUCAGAACAAUCAAAGACGUCUUAAGAACUUACAAAAAUACAUGUGUGAGGGACACUCCACUUCUCCAAAAGACAGAAGAGGAAAAAAGGGAACCCAUCAAGGAAAAUUUCACAAGAAGCAGUUCAGACAGUUCACAAUUUCAUAAAUAAUAUACCUAAGUAUGCCAGUCACUACAGCCACUCACAGAACCCCAAUAAAGUGUACUUCAACCAUGACAUGUCCAUUUCUUCAUUAUAUCAAGAACAUUAUUUGAAAUAUUGUGAAGAAAAUAAUGCACCACAAGUAAAAGUUUUGAAAUUUCGAGAUAUAUUUAACCAAGAUUUUAAUAUUGGUUUUAAAUUGCCUCAUUCAGACACAUGUCAUGUAUGUGACGAAUUUCAAAUUCAAAUAAAAAAUGCACAUUGACCAACUCUGAAGAUAUUAUUAGAAGAUUAAAAAUUGAAAGGGACCUACAUCAUGCCAAAGCAUCUGCUGGACAAAAUAUGAUUACACAGCUAUCCAUAUCAGCUAGGGAGAAUCCUGAGGAAUAUCUUACAAUAUCCUUUGAUCUACAACAAACCUUUCCAACACCAAGGCUUACAUCUGGGCUUGCAUUCUAUAAGAGGAAGUUGUGCACUUACAAUUUUGGUAUUCAUGAUUGUGGGUCUGAAAAGGGACAUAUGUUUGUGUGGAGUGAAGAUGAAGCAAAGUGUGGAUCUGAUGAGAUAGGAAGCUGUCUGAUAAAAUUCUUAGAAAUACGAAAGUCUCAGGCAAACAUUCUUCACAUUAUUAGUGAUAAUUGCAGAGGCCAAGGCAAAAAUUGGGCAAUUGUUGCACUAGAGAGAUCACUAGUGCGUUCAGGAAAAUUUAAAGCCAUUGAACAUUGGUUUCCACAAGUUGGACACACUCAACUGCUCUGUGAUCGAGAUUUCGGUCGAAUUGAGAAGCACUUUAAGAAUAGAAACCCCAAUGUGUACACCCCUCAUGAUUGGGUUACAGUCAUUAAAGAAUCGUGCAAGAAUAAGCCAUUUUCAGUCAUUAAAAUGAAGCAAGCAGACUUUAUAGAUCUGACACCCCUGCAGAUAAAUAUUGCAAAAAAGGACAAACGUGAUGGUGGAUCUCAGUUCUGAUUUUCUGAAGUGACAGCUUUUCGUUUUGAUGAAGGAAUGCCAUCACAUUUAAAAGUGAAGUAUCAGUACACUGAAUUUGAAGAAUUCAGAACUGCAAAGAUCACUAAAAAAGGACGAGCACAUCAGGAGAGUAAUCCGUUCCAGCUCUCAAGGAAAUACUUCAAGCCCAUUUUAAUUUGUGUAAAAAAACUCAAAGAUGUUAUGUCAUUAAUGCCAUACAUACCAGAUGUUUCGAAGGGCUACUUCAACAGCCUGAGUGAAUCAAAGGAAGAAAGUGAUGAAAAUGAAACAGAGGUGAUAGAUAUUGGCUAUAUUGUGUGAAACACUGUAGUGACUAUCAUUGUAAGUUAUGUUGUAUAUUGAUGUACACAUUUUUGUAAACUUUGUGUAAAAUUAGUAUGAGACAGGCUAAAGCCCAAUGUUGUAUC